CACGCCUCUUCCGGCGUGCGGCCCUUCCUCCGCGCGCGGGUAUGCGUGUGAAGGUUCGGCUGUUUUAAAUUCGGGUUCUGGCUGCCGUAGGGGCCGGAUGGCGGAGGGGGCGUUGUCCAGUGCAAGGUGGCAGUACUGUGGAGAGCCGGAUAAGAGCCAGAGAGCUGUGCUGGUCCAGUUCUCCAAUGGGAAGCUGCGCAAUCCAGGGAACAUGCGCUUUACUUUGUACAAGAACAAUGACUCCACCAACCCCAGGAAGAAGAGUCAGCGGAUCCUGGCAGCUGAAACAGACAGACUCUCCUAUGUAGGAAACAAUUUUGGAACUGGAGCUCUCAAAUGCAACACUCUGUGCAGGCACUUUGUGGGAAUUUUGAACAAGACCUCUGGCCAAAUGGAAGUAUACGAUGCUGAAUUGUUCAGCAUGCAGCCGCUGCUUUCAGAUGAAUCAGUUGAGAGUGAAUCAACACUAGAGAGUCAGACCAAAACUUUUAGAGAAAAGAUGGAUUCUUGCAUUGAAGUCUUUGGUACCACCAAACAGAAGCGUGCUCUGAACUCUAGGAGAAUGAACAGAGUUGGCAGUGAAUCUUUGAAUUGUGUGAUAGCUAAAGCUGCAGAGAAUAUUAUUGAUGCAAAGGGUGUGACUGCUCUGGUCAGUGAUGCCAUCCAUGAUGACUUGCAAGAUGACUCCCUCUGCCUGCCUCCCUGCCAUGCCGACGCAGUCAAGCCUGAUGAUGUGUAUAAAUUUGAAGAUAUUCUUUCCCCUGCGGAGUAUGAAGCUCUUCAGGGCCCAUCUGAAGCUUUCAAGAAUAUUUCAUCGGAAGAACUGCUGAAGAUGACUGAGGAGAACAGCCACUGCUCCUUUGUCAUAGAAGCAUUGAAGUCUUUGCCAUCAGGUGAGGAGAGCCGGGACCACCAGGCCCGAUGCAUAUGGUUUCUGGACACCCUCAUCAAAUUCCGAGCACAGAAAGUGAUUAAGCGGAAAAGUGCCCUGGGGCCUGGAAUCCCACAUGUCAUCAACAUGAAACUGCUGAAGCAUUUUACUUGCUUGGCCUACAACAAUGGAAGUUUACGGAACUUAAUUUCGGAUUCUAUGAAGGCGAAGAUUGCUGCGUAUGUGAUAAUACUUGCCUUGCAUAUAAACGACUUCCAGAUCGACCUGACGUUGUUACAGAGGGACCUGAAACUCAGUGAGAAAAGGAUGAUUGAGAUAGCAAAAGCCAUGAGGCUGAAGAUCUCUAAAAGAAAGGUGUCUCUAGCAGCCGCUGGGGAGGAGGAUCACAAAUUGGGCACUCUGUCCAUCCCACUGCCUCCAGCCCAGACCUGGGACCGCCCAUCAAAGAGGAAGAAAAUCACCUAGAGGUACCUCAUGAGGGGAAUGGCCUGAUCAGAGCUAUAUUUUAAGAAGACCCAUACUUGAAAGGUAUGUUAUCUGGAAUAGUGAGGUCAGAAACUCACGACCUUGCAAAUGUUAAAUGACAUUAUCUUUCCCUCAGGAUGGUAUAAGGGUCAGUUUUGGGGGGUUCCAAGUAGGCUACUCUACAGUGGGAAGCAAAGGGUCUAGUGGCUGGCCUUCUGGGAAUUUUUCAUCUUUCCAAACUGAUCCAAGUCCCCAGCUCUAGGCAGCACCCCAGGGGCCGAAUCUAGGAUGAGGCCAACAAUGCUCUCCUCAAGGCCCCCUCAAGAGUUCAGGGUGAAUUUCCUUUUAUUCAAAUGUCACAUUCCCUAUUGUUCCAUUUGGCUUUAUUUACUGUAUCUUUACACUAAUCCAUGGGGAUCCAUGCAGCAACAGGGAUUUCUAUAACCAGGUAACACUUUUAAAAAAAUGUAUUCAAGUUUUGCCCUUCCUUUUUGCCACUGGGACCUCUGAGCUAUGGAAAAAAAAAAAGGAAUAAAUUACCCCAGGGCCUGUGCACUGGAGUGUGAUGUGAAGAACUGGAGAAACAAGGGUAGGAUCCAGUUUGGGAUGGGAAGGGGCAGGUCCUUAGGUAUGCCUCAAGCUGUCCCCUUUUUUUUAUGUGUUCCCAAGGGUGUGAGAACUCAGGGCUUCGGUGUGGCACCCUCCUAACUGCCCACUGGAGGCAUCCACAUGCCUCUGGGGGUGUCCCUAAUCUCAGUGGGUGAGGCAGAGGCCACCCUCUUGGGAGGUGAGGCCCACAAGACCUGGCUCUCCACAAGCAGGCUCUCCUGCUUCCAGUCCCAUGACUUGAGGCAAGUCCUCUAACCUUUCUGACCUUAUUUUCUCAUCUGUAAACAGCCUAACGAUGGCUGUCCUGCUAUUCCUCAUGAGGAUUUUGAGAACUUCCCAAAGAAAAAAAUAAUCUAUUCAACAAAUAUCCAGUGACUGUGUACUACUGUGAUAGGUACUGUUCUUAAUACCAACAAGCAAUAAACAAGACAAAGUAACUACCUUCACAGACAGACAAUAAAUUUUAAAAAUAAUAACAUAAAUGCUAUGAAGAAAGAUGAAGCAGGCUAAGGGAAGUGCCUGUGUGCAUUUGCUUGUGUGCUAUUUUAUAUUUUAGAUAGCGUUGCCAAGGAAGGUCUCCGGGGAAAUACCAUUUGAAGCCAUGGGGUGGGGUGAGAUCACUACAGAGAGCGGAGAGAGAGCGGCGAGCAUUUAGUAAUAUAUGUAAUUGUUGAAUCAUCAUGUUGUACAUCUGAAGACUAAUACUACAUAUCAACUAUACUUCAAUUAAGAAAAAGUAAGCUCCUUAUGGGCAGAAACUUUGUAUCACUGCUUUGUAUUAUGCCUAGAACUAUGCCUGGCCAUAGUAGGUGCUCAAUAAACAUUUACUGAAGGAAUGAA